ACUUAAUGGAAAGGACAAACUUGGGUUCCUCAUUUGUACUCAUAUGUGAGCUGUGAUGUUUCCUCCAUUUGAGAUAUACUCGACCAAAUUGAGUGAAUGAGGUUCCUUUAGAAAGCUUAAGAAUAUCUAUAUCCACGAGCUUCAGGUCUUGGAGAGCAAAGGAGUCCACACAAACAGAUAGGCUAGAAGAAAGGGGACUGCUGCGUACAACCUCGCACAGUGCGAGUGUUGGUUUUGUUCACCUCAUAUCUUGAGAACCACUUAUUCAAAUCGGGUGUUUGAGGUGUCUUUGGAAAGGUAUUGAAUAGAGCUUUCAUAAAAGGUGCUAUUCUUGAGAAUUUGAGGAGUUUACAGCCCAAAAAGGACGGAUAUACAUCGAGCUUGGGAAGAGAAUAUAAGAUGAAGGGUUCCAAAUCAACGAAGACAGACCCAAACGUGCAAAACAGUUUUUCCUCUUUAAGAUGAAUCAUGAAUGCGGUCCAUAUGAAUGCCAAUUGCUCUCAAAUGACGCAACGGAAUGCAUCGGGAGCUGGAUGAGAGGCCAUAACAGGAAGGAAUCAUGCGGGACUGUCACACGGCGGCACGGGGAGAGGCGACGCGUCGGCAAGCAAUGUUGCGUCCGUCAACCAAGGCGGGGACCAAGCAAGGGUCUACGCGAUGACCGUGGCUGAUGCUCGGGCCAACCCGACUCCCUUGCAGAUGGACCUCUAUAUGACUCUUCAGCCUACACAGAGUGCAAAGAGAACCCGGAGGAGCCAUUAUACGGGGGAGGAGUAUUGGCCAAUAAAGAAGCAGAAUCCCGACAAGUCAUAGGGCUCGACGGAAAGGGAGUUAAUACCCCCACCUUUCUGCUCCAAGAUUUAACCCCUGACACCAUUUAUUGUUUUUCCAGUUGGAUCAGAAUAGAGAAUGAAGAGUCUGCUCUCUUGACCGCAACACUGAUGUCAGAAAAUGGUGAACAAACAGACUGUGUAGGGAGUGUUAUUGCUAGAAGAGGAUGCUGGUCUUUCAUCAAGGGUGGCUUUGUUUUGACUUCCCCAUCUAACUUAUCUCUCCUCUACUUUAUGAAUUCAGCUACAUCAGAGAUCAAUAUAGAGGUUGCAAGUGCUUCUUUACAGCCAUUUACUCAGCAGCAAUGGAGCUUAAAUCAACAAACCAAAAUUAACAUGGAAAGAAAGCGUGCAGUAACAAUCCAUGCCUCAGAUAAACAAGGUCUUAGAUUAAAGAAUGCAACGGUAACAGUUGAGCAACUGUCGAAUGAUUUCCCGUUUGGAUCUGCCAUAGCAAAGUCCAUCAUUGGAAAUUUGCCCUAUCAGGUUUCCAGAAGGAUUGGUUUGCAGAAAGAUUUAAUGCAGCAGUGUUUGAGAACGAACUGAAGUGGUAUGCAACCGAACCAGAUGAAGGACACCUCAACUACACCAUUCCCGACCAGAUGCUCAGCUUUGUUAGAGAACACCAGAUUAUAGUGAGAGGCCACAACAUCUUCUGGGAAGAUCCCAAAUACACUCCCAAAUGGGUUCUUAACCUGACCGGCCCGGACCUGAAAUCCGCUGUCCAGUCCAGAAUCACGAGCCUGAUGGAGAGAUACAGAGACGAGUUCAUCCACUGGGACGUCAGCAACGAAAUGCUACACUUCGAUUUCUACGAGCAGAGGCUCGGGCCAAACGCGACCUUGGAGUUCUUCAAGACGGCCCACGAAGCCGACCCGCUCGCGACCCUGUUCAUGAACGAUUUCAACGUGGUGGAGACGUGCUCCGACCCGAAAUCCACGGUGGACAUGUACAUUGCUAAGAUGAAGGAGCUCAAAAAGGGAGGAAUUUCAAUGGACGGGAUCGGAGUAGAAGGGCAUUUCUCAGUCCCAAACCCUCCUCUGAUCAGAGCGACCAUUGAUAAACUCGCCACUUUGGGGCUCCCCAUAUGGCUCACAGAAAUCGACAUCAACAAGAAGUUCGGCCAGGAAACGCAGGCAAGGUAUUUGGAAAAAGUCCUGAGAGAGGGGUUUUCGCAUCCGGGCGUGGAUGGGAUAAUGCUCUGGACGGCCCUUGAUCCGAAGGGGUGCUAUCAGAUGUGCCUUACGGAUAACAACUUCACGAAUCUGCCGGCUGGGGAGGUUGUGGAUGGUCUGCUGAAGGAGUGGCGAACCCAGAGCUUGGAGGGAGAAACAGACGAUCAUGGAAGAUACAGUUUCUUUGGGUUUCUUGGGGAAUACAAAGUGAGGGUCGAGUAUGGAAACAAGACUGCAACUUCAACAUUCUCACUCAACCGUGGUGAUGACACCAGGCAUUUUAGCAUUCAGCUAUGAACUAUACUUACAUUACAAGCUAUUUAAGUUACAAAAUAUAUUUAUAUAUGUUGAAUCAAUGUUGAAAUCUUUACCUUAUUAAUUAAUGUUUAUACAAACACAAUUCA